ACAUGAUAAGUGAGAUAUUUGUGAAAACUGAAAAUGGAUGGUUUCAGACGUAGGCGACUAUCUGUUCCACCAUGAAACUCAAAAAACCUCCAAUGGCCGUAACGACGUCGCCUUGUGCGCUAUUCACGCCUCCCACCAUCAAAAUCCCUCGCCUUUUCCGCCCUUCGCAGCAGAAGGUGAAAGUGGGACCGAUGACUGUAUCUCCAAUGGGUUUUGGCACAUGGGCAUGGGGCAACCAACUCCUUUGGGGAUACCAAGAAUCCAUGGACACUGAACUUCAACAAGUUUUCAACCUAGCUCUUGAUAACGAUAUUAACCUCUUCGACACUGCCGAUUCUUACGGCACUGGUAAAUUAAACGGCCAAAGUGAGAAGCUUCUUGGAAAGUUCAUAACCCAAUAUCAAGGAGAUGCAAAUGACAUUGUGAUUGCUACAAAAUUUGCUGCGUAUCCGUGGCGCCUAACGCCCAACCAGUUUGUCAAUGCUUGCAAGUCUUCUUUGGAUAGGUUGCAAAUUGACAAGAUUGGAAUAGCACAGCUACAUUGGUCAACUGCAAACUAUGCUCCUUUCCAAGAGCGAGCUCUUUGGGACGGUUUAGUCGCAAUGUAUGACAAGGUUAUUGUUUAUGUACCUCACCUUUGCAACUGUGAAUCCCAGUGCGGUAGUAUAACUUAUACGAUGUGCUCGUUGCAGGGUUUAGUUAAAGCAGUUGGGGUGAGCAACUAUGGACCAAAACAACUACUCAAGAUACAUGAUUACCUCAAGGAACGGGGAGUCCCCUUAUCUUCGGCUCAGGUGCAAUUUUCAUUGUUGAGCAUGGGUGACGAUCAAAUGGAGAUCAAGAGCGUGUGUGAUUCGCUGGGAAUCCGUGUGAUAGCUUACAGUCCGUUGGGCCUUGGCAUGCUCACCGGCAAGUAUACACCUGCUAAUCUUCCACGUGGACCAAGGAGCUUGCUGUUCAGACAAAUAAUUCCCGGGGUGGAGCCGUUGUUAAUUUCAUUAAAGGAAAUAGCAGAAAAGCGGGGCAAAAGUGUACCACAGGUAGCAAUAAAUUGGUGCAUCUGUAAAGGGACUAUACCAAUCCCGGGAGUUAAGUCUGUUAAACAGGCUGAGGAGAAUCUCGGAGCUUUAGGUUGGAAGCUGAAGCCCAACGAGUUGGAUCAGUUGGAAUAUGCCGCACGUGAUUCCUCCGCCAAGAUGAUCCAGAAUGUAUUCCAGACAAGGUAAGGUAUAGAUGUUGCGCUUCACUAACUUCUCGCUUUUAACGGAACUGUUAAAAGUAUUUGUUGUUGUAAAUUUUAAUAUAAGGUGAGUUUUGUAUUUCUGUUGUUGAUUGUAUGAUAAUUAACAUAUGUAUAUGCAAUGCAAUGGUAGAAAUCUGCAAGCAACAUUUAUUCAGAUUUAAA